GGAUGCCCGUCGCGGAGGGGGGCAGGGCCGAGGGCAUGGCCUUGUAGUUGUAGGACAGGGUCGUGGCGGUGGGGAGGGAGAUGAAGGGGGAGACAGUCAGAGGAACCUGCUGGAGGAGAGGAUGGGAGCGGUUGUUAUACAUGAUGGAUAAGAGGCCUUUGCCUUUGUGGUGGGUAACACGUCAGUGGGGAAGGGAGAGACAGAAAGAGUGAGAGGACGAGUCUAGAUAUGCCGUUUCGAGGGCGAUACAAGCUCGAUCAGUUUAGCAAAAAAGGUUCUACUUGCAGUUGUCUGAGACGGAGACCCGAGAAGGUCCGUGGGCACAGAGCGUGGCAAGUUAUGGCGAAUGCGCCCGGUGAAUGGAUCUCGACGUCCCCCGCGACGCCCAGUGAGUGUUGCGAUACGUAAGAGACCCGGUGGCUAGGUAAGCAA